AUGUCUUCUGCACCUUACCAACAGGAAACUGCCGCUACGGCGACACCGGUCGAUUUGCACUCGACCGUCAGCAACGGGUCGCAGCUUUCGACCCCUUCCAACAAGGCCUCCAGAGAUGAGCUGAAGGCCGCCAACAUGGCCGAGGAUGCCGCCGACCAGGUGGAGAUCCCAAAGAAGCCCGCUUCCGCUUACGUGACUGUCGUCAUCCUAUGUCUUAUGGUCGCCUUCGGUGGUUUCGUUUUCGGCUGGGAUACCGGUACCAUUUCCGGUUUCGUCAACCAGAGUGACUUCUUGCGCAGAUUCGGUCAAAAACAUAGCGAUGGUACCCACUACUUGUCUAACGUCAGAAUGGGUUUGAUUGUCGCUAUUUUCAACAUUGGUUGUGCUUUCGGUGGUAUCAUUUUGUCUAAGAUCGGUGAUGUUUACGGACGUCGUAUCGGUCUGAUGGCUGUUGUUGUGAUCUACGUCGUCGGUAUCAUUAUUCAAAUUGCAUCUAUCGACAAAUGGUACCAGUACUUCAUCGGUAGAAUUAUCUCCGGUUUGGGUGUCGGUGGUAUUGCUGUCCUAUCCCCUAUGCUGAUUUCUGAGACCGCACCAAAGCACUUGAGAGGUGCUAUGGUUGCCUGCUACCAAUUGAUGAUUACCGCUGGUAUCUUCUUGGGUUACUGUACCAACUACGGUGUCAAGAACUACAGCAACUCUGUCCAAUGGAGAGUUCCUCUGGGUCUGUGUUUCGCCUGGGCUCUGUUCAUGAUCACUGGUAUGUCUUUCGUCCCAGAGUCUCCACGUUACUUGAUUGAGAACGGCAGAAUUGAAGAUGCCAAGCGUUCUCUAGCUAAGUCUAACAAGGUCACCGUUGAAGACCCUGCUAUUCUCGUUGAGGUUGACCUGAUUCUCGCUGGUGUCGAAGCCGAGAGAUUGGCUGGCUCUGCUUCCAUUAAGGAGCUGUUCUCUACUAAGACCAAGGUUUUGCAGCGUUUGAUUAUGGGUAUCAUGAUUCAAUCUUUGCAGCAACUGACAGGUGACAACUACUUCUUCUACUACGGUACUACUAUUUUCAAGGCUGUCGGUCUUUCUGACUCUUUCCAAACAUCCAUUGUCAUCGGUAUCGUUAACUUUGCUUCCACUUUUGUUUCUUUGGUCACCGUUGAGAAGUUCGGCCGUCGUGGCUGUAUGCUAUGGGGUUCCGCUGCCAUGGUUGCCUGUUUCGUCGUUUACGCUUCUGUCGGUGUUACCAAGCUAUACCCUAACGGUGCUGACCAUCCCGAGGUCACUAACAAAGGUGCCGGUAACUGUAUGAUCUGUUUCACUUGUUUCUACAUUUUCUGCUUUGCCACCACCUGGGCCCCAAUUGCCUACGUCGUUGUUUCCGAAUCCUUCCCAUUGAGAGUGAAAUCCAAGUGUAUGGCUAUCGCCACCGCUUCCAACUGGCUCUGGGGUUUCCUGAUCGCUUUCUUCACUCCUUUCAUCACCUCCGCUAUCCACUUCUACUACGGUUAUGUUUUCAUGGGGUGCUUGGUCUUCGCUUACUUCUACGUCUUCUUCUUCGUCCCAGAGACCAAGGGUUUGACUCUAGAAGAAGUCCAAGAGUUGUGGGAAGAGGGUGUUCUACCAUGGAAGUCUACUUCUUGGGUUCCAUCUUCCAGAAGAGGUAAGGAUUACAACGUUGAGGAGUUGAAGCAUGACGACAAGCCAUGGUACAGAAGAGUCGUUUAA